AUGUCCAUCCGUCGCCUCAGGAGCAAUCCUAAAACACUUGCAGAUGUCAACGUGGUGACAGAAGAGCUGAAGAACCUUUAUUAUAAGAGACUGUUGCCGAUUGAGAAAUACUAUUCCUUCCAUCAGUUUCACACUCCUGGCUAUGAAGAUGCAGACUUUGAUAACAAACCCAUGAUACUGGUGAUGGGUCAGUACUCAACAGGGAAGACAACUCUCAUCAGGUAUCUCAUAGAACAAGAUUUUCCUGGUUGCAGAGUUGGACCAGAGCCAACCACAGACUGUUUUACUGCAAUUAUGCAAGGAGAGACAGAAGGAAUAAUUCCAGGGAAUGCCCUUUCAGUGGAUCCAAGGAAGCCCUUCCGCAACCUCAAUUCCUUUGGAAAUGCCUUUCUUAACAGGUUUCAGUGUGCUCAGCUGCCAAAUCAGAUACUAGAAAACAUCAGCAUUAUCGACACACCAGGCAUUUUAACUGCUGCUAAGAGACAAUUGAGUCGAGGAUAUGACUUCCCAGCAGUGCUGCGCUGGUUUGCGGAGCGUGUGGACCGGAUCAUCCUCUUGUUUGAUGCACAUAAGCUCGAGUUUUCUGAUGAGCUCACUCGGGCCUUCGGAGCCCUGCGUGGCUAUGAGGACAAGCUGCGAGUCGUCCUGAACAAGGCGGACAGUGUGGACUCUCAGCAGCUCAUGCGAGUAUAUGGCGCUCUCAUGUGGUCGCUGGGGAAAGUGUUUCGGACUCCAGAGAUCCUGAGGGUCUACACUGGCUCCUUCUGGUCGGAGCCGCGGCGGAUGUGUGACCACUAUCAGCUGAUAGAGCUGGAGGAAGAGGAUCUGCUGUCUGACAUAAGAAAUCUGCCCCGCAACACCGCCGUACGGAGGCUGAACGACCUGGUCAAGAGGGCACGCUCAGUCAGGGCUCAUGCCCAUAUUAUCAGCUACCUAAAGCAGGAGAUGCCAACCAUAUUUUGCAAAGAAACAAAGAAGCACAGCCUGAUCUAUCAGCUUCCUGUGAUCUUCACCAAGAUCCAGCAGCAACAUCGUGUCCCAGCUGGUGACUUCCCUGAGUGUGCCAAGAUGCAGGAGCGCCUUCUGGGACAAGAUUUCACUAAGUUCAAGAAGCUCAAGCCAAGCCUCAUGGCAUCGUUAGACAAAUUGCUCAGCACCGACAUAGCAAAGCUGAUGCCCUUGCUUCAACAACAAGACCUGAGGGACAAAUCCCUACCCGGGAUGCUGGAUGGGGACUUUCUAGGAACUUUCAAGCCAGCGUGUUACAAGCAAGAUCCUUUCAAGGAAGUCUCCAAAGCGGAGGAAUGCGGUGAAAAAUACCCAGAUGGGUGGGUGGUGGAGAAGUACAAGCCGAAAUAUGACGAGAUUUUUUACAGCCUCUGUCCGAGCGAAGGAAAACUGAAUGGCACCAAGGUGAGAGAGUGGAUGGUGAGCACCAAUCUGCCCAGCUCUGUGCUUGCCCACAUCUGGAGGUUGUCUGACGUGGACUGUGACGGCAUGCUGGACAAUGAGGAGUUUGCCUUGGCCAUAUACCUCAUCGAGGGAAAACUGGAGGGCUACUGGCUCCCCCGAGAGCUGCCCUCUCACCUGGUGCCGCCUUCAAAACAGCUAUGUGAAGACGAUGAUGAAGUGUAAACAUGACUUCAAGAAAAAAAUGUGAAAGUGUUUCCAUCCAAUAAUUUUACAGUAACAUACCAAUAAGUUCAAGAUUUGUAUCUAUUAUUUAUAGCAUAAUUUGUAAUAUUACUACUGUACAAAUAAAAAUACUGUGAUCAUAUUCUAAAAAAAAAGGGAGAGCGCACACAAUCGUUUAAUAAUAUGCAACAAAGUGACCGUGUUAGUGUAGCUGAGAUGGUGUCAUUGAUUGAUUGGUUGAUUGAUUGAUAUAUGAUUAGGCGUCAUUCAUAUAUCUAAUCCUCACUUAUUAUUGUAAACAUUUCUUAAGAUGUGAACGUUUUGCUCAACUCUUUAUCCCUGAACCUCACAUGUGCCCUACAGAGAUUACAGACAAUGAGAAUUUCUCAUGUUCCUAUUUAGAGAAACAAUUGUUGUCCUUCACUGAUAAAACAUGAGUUUACAACAGUCACAACAGAUGGUAAGUCUGGUUUAGUAUUUACGAAUUAAAAUGUGAAUAACCUUUAACAUGCAGGAUAUCUGUACCAGUUACAUUUAAAUGUGAAUAUGUUUUGAAGUACUCUUAGGAGUAUACUGCUACAGCUGAAUAAAGUUAUGUACAGAAAUAUCUCCACCCAUCACUAUCAUCAGCAAUUUGAAUUGUGAAAAUUUUAAUUGUAAAAUUUGAAUUUGAAUUGUAAAAAAUUAAAUUGUAAAAUUUGAAUUUGAAUUGUUAAAAUUGUUAAAAAAAAGCAGGAAUUUGAAUUGUAUCCUGCAUGCAUUAAGCAAUCACUUCAAAUAUAUA